CGACGGAAUCAAAUUUAUUGGCUCUCGGAACGGUGCGCGCGUCAGAGGGUCGGCAAAGAAAUGUAGUGAGGUUUUUUGAAAAAUACCAAAAAUCGGAUGGCCAACGACGACGACGAAGGUGGUACAGAGCACAACAAUAACAACAACUCUGGCAGAGCUAGGGACAGCAGACCCAGGUGGAUAGCAUAGGCCUGUCAAGGGCAAAAGAGCGUCUCAGUGAAGGAUCGGCCAGGCAUUGUGGUCAACAUCCACAAAUUAACGGCGGUCCCGCGGAUCAUCAGAACCUCCUGCGAAUUUUGCUGUGGAUGGACCUUCCGAUAUGCCCCGCCGCGAUCUUGUGCGCAUAGUUCUUGUCGGCGAUGAUGGCGUUGGCAAAUCCUCCAUCAUUACCUCCCUCAUCAAAGAAUCCUUUGUUUCCAAUGUUCAGCCCGUCGUUCCAGAAGUCACAAUACCUCCCGAAGUCACCCCUGAGAAUGUUACCACAUCCAUAGUCGAUACCUCCUCCAAUCCCAAAUCCCGUCCACAUCUCCUCACUCAACUCACAAGGGCCCAUGUGAUAUGUCUUGUGUAUUCCAUCUCGGAACCGACCAGCUUCGAUCGAGUGGCCGAGUACUGGCUGCCUCUGUUCCGAAGAGAAGGCGUCAAUGUUCCCGUCAUCCUCGUUGGAAAUAAGAUAGAUCUCAGAGGAGGCGAGGUGACGAAUCAGGGGCUGGAGGAUGAGAUAGCGCCCAUCAUGCGAGAGUUCAAGGAAGUCGAGACUGUCGUCGAAUGCUCCGCCCUGUUACCACUGAACGUCUCCGAGGUCUUUUACUUCGCCCAAAAGGCGGUUUUGCAUCCUACGGCGCCACUAUACGACUCACGAGAGCAUACACUCAAACCCAAAUGUCUGGAGGCAUUGCAGAGAAUAUUUAAAAUCUCAGACGUGGACAAGGAUGGGCUGUUAAACGCUCACGAGUUGAAUCAGUUUCAGCAAAAAUGCUUCUCGGCGCCUCUGCAGACUCAAGAGCUAGAGGGUAUUCUCGACCUUGUCCGUGCCCAUGAUCCCACAUUAGUGGCCCCCGUGCCGAUGCUGUCAUCCGCCCCUACGACCCCUAUCAUGACCCCUACCAUGCGUUCAACCUCUCUCCCUCGAUCCCCUUCAAAUCUUUCACCGCCUGCGGAGGGCAUUACUGAGACUGGCUUUUUGUACCUGCACACAAUAUUCAUCCAGCAGGGUCGUAUGGAGACUACAUGGACGGUUCUGAGAAAUUUUGGAUACGGAGAGGGUCUAGAUUUGAGAGAAGAUUUCCUACUGCCUAAAUAUGACGUGCCAUCAGAUUGUUCUGUUGAGCUCAGCCCUCUAGGUAAUCAAUUUUUCACAGACAUUUUCGAGGCGUAUGACAAAGAUCAAGAUGGCGCGUUGUCCACAUCUGAGCUCAAUGACCUUUUCUCAACAUCUCCGGGGAACCCAUGGCUGUCGCAGGGCUUCCCAGAAACCACCAUAACCGAUGAACUCGGGCGAGUCACAUUGCAAGGCUGGCUGGCGCAAUGGAGCAUGACUACCCUCCUGAACCACCGCACAACUCUGAAUUACCUUGCCUACCUCGGUUACUCCUCCUCACCAGCGACCGACUUGCCCGCUUCCACCGCUCUGAAAAUCACCCGUCCACGGCGUCAAGAUCGAAGACAACGCAAAGUCACCAGAUCAGUCUUCCUGUGUUUUGUUCUCGGAGCUACAGGGUCGGGAAAGACUUCAUUAUUACGGUCAUUUGUCGGUCGACGCCUGCGAGGUGGUGACGAUGGUAUGGGUGGGUAUGAACCGACCACAAAGGUCCUCAGCGUGGUCAACUCGGUUGAAAUGGAGGGAGUGGAGAAAUACUUAGUGCUGCAGGAAUUUGGAUCCAAGUACGAGAGCGAAACAUUACGCAAUAGCAAAAAGCUGGACAUGGCCGACAUCAUAAUAUACGUCCACGACUCGAGCGACACAAACUCUUUCUCUUACAUCUCUAAUUUGAGGCAACAAUACUCGCUUGAUCAUAUUCCUGCCAUUUUUGUUGCUACCAAAUCUGACCUCGAUCUCGCUCAACAGCGCCACGAGGUCCAGCCAGAUGUGUACUGUCGUCGUCUUGGCCUGCCGGCACCUAUGGCCGUGAGCGCUCGAGGUGGACCCAUGUCAAAUCUCUGGGUCGCCGUCACAAGAGUGGCUUUGAAUCCGACCUCGUCUAUACCGAAAGGGCCGUCAUCCGUCAUGUCGCCAGCCCAACGGGUCCGUUCUGUGGCCACGAUCGGUCUCGGAGCUACUACAGCAGCGACAAUACUGGGCCUGUGGAUGAGAUAUCAAGGCUAUACAUUUCGUGGGCUAUGGCUUUGGAUCAGUCGGACGACAGGCAUGUUCUCUGGAACUCGCAGCUCAUGAAUUAUGUAACAAUUUGACACACAAGUAUAUUCCUUGCAUCGGCAUCAUGCAUCACCAGUCUCCGGCAGCUACAACGUGUCACAGUCUUUAGCGAGAGCCGCGUAGGCGAUCGCGGUAUUCCUGCAG